GAGCCGGUCCCUCCGAUCCGACCUGGCAGGCUCACGCUGGGGGCCGCUGCCGGCUGGGGCUGCCCGAGACGGCGCUGCCCUCCCUGCCUUGUCCUGCCCUGCCCUGCCUUGUUCCUGCCCUGUCCUGUCUGUCCUGCCGCCUCCCGGCCCGGCGCCUACCCUGCCCCGCUCCCGGGCACCGCCGCCCCGGCGAUAAAAAGUUGCUCCGAGGAUGGGAGCGCAUCUGCAGCCGCUGGCCCUGCGGCUCCUGGCGCUGACUUUCCCCUUGGUGGCGAAGGGUUUUUCCGACGAAACCUUGGAGAAAGCCGCGAAAUCCGAGGGAUAUUGCAGUCGGAUCCUGCGAGCCCAAGGCACCAGGAGGGAAGGGUACAAUGAAUUCAGCCUCAGGGUGGAGGGCGAUCCAGAAUUUUACAAGCCUGGAAACAGUUACCGGGUGACACUUUCUGCUGCCACCCCUGCUUACUUUCGAGGUUUCACACUGAUUGCCCUCAAGGAAGGAAAAGAAGGUGACAAAGAGGAAGACCAUGCAGGAACUUUCCAGAUCAUAGAUGAAGAAGAAACCCAGUUCAUGAGCAAUUGUCCUGUUGCUGUGACUGAGAGCACACCUCGGAGGAGGACACGCAUUCAGGUGUUUUGGACAGCUCCUCCUACAGGGACAGGCUGUGUGAUUCUAAAAGCCAGUAUUGUGCAGAAGCGCAUCAUUUAUUUUCAAGAUGAGGGUUCUCUCACCAAAAAAAUUUGUGAACAAGACUCAGCCUCGGAAGGUGUGACUGACAAACCAAUUUUAGAUUGUUGUGCCUGUGGAACUGCCAAAUACAGGCUGACUUUUUAUGGAAACUGGUCAGAAAAAACACAUCCCAAAGACUUUCCACGCCGCACCAACCACUGGUCCGCGAUCAUUGGUAGUUCCCACUCGAAGAACUACAUCCUCUGGGAGUAUGGAGGAUAUGCCAGUGAAGGUGUCAAACAAGUCGCAGAGUUGGGGUCCCCAGUAAAGAUGGAAGAAGAGAUUCGACAGCAAAGCGAUGAGGUUUUAACCGUCAUCAAAGCCAAAGCACAGUGGCCAGCCUGGCAACCUCUGAAUGUGAGAGCUGCUCCCUCUGCUGAGUUCUCUGUCGAUCGCCACCGGCACCUGAUGUCCUUCCUCACCAUGCUCGGCCCCAGCCCCGACUGGAAUGUGGGGCUCUCUGCCGAAGAUCUCUGCACCAAGGACUGUGGCUGGGUCCAGAAAGUCGUUCAGGAUUUAAUCCCGUGGGAUGCUGGCACGGACAGUGGCGUUACCUAUGAGUCUCCUAACAAACCUACAGUGCCUCAGGAGAAGAUCAGACCACUUACAAGCUUAGAUCAUCCCCAAAGUCCAUUUUAUGAUCCAGAAGGAGGAUCUAUCAAGCUGGUAGCCAGAGUUGUCAUUGAGAGAAUUGCACGUAAGGGGGAGCAAUGCAAUAUCGUUCCUGAUAACAUAGAUGAUAUUGUGGCAGAUCUGGCACCGGAGGAAAAAGAAGAAGAUGAUACCCCUGAGACCUGCAUAUAUUCAAACUGGUCCCCAUGGUCAGCCUGCAGCUCCUCUACCUGUGAAAAGGGGAAGAGGAUGAGGCAGAGAAUGCUUAAAGCUCAGCUGGACCUCAGUGUGCCCUGCCCAGAUACCCAAGAUUUUCAGCCAUGCAUGGGUCCAGGCUGCAGUGAUGAAGAUGGUUCCACUUGCAUGAUGUCUGACUGGAUUACAUGGUCCCCCUGUAGUGUUUCCUGUGGAAUGGGAACCAGAUCUAGGGAGAGAUAUGUAAAACAGUUCCCUGAGGAUGGCUCCAUGUGCAAAGUGCCUACAGAAGAGACUGAGAAGUGUAUUGUAAAUGAGGAGUGCUCUCCCAGCAGCUGCCUCGUCACUGAAUGGGGUGAGUGGGAUGAAUGCAGUGCUAGCUGUGGCACAGGGAUGAAGAGACGGCACAGAAUGAUCAAGAUGACUCCUGCUGAUGGAUCCAUGUGCAAGGCAGAAACUACAGAGGCAGAGAAGUGCAUGAUGCCUGAAUGCCAUACCAUCCCCUGUCUACUCUCUCCUUGGUCUGAGUGGAGUGACUGCAGUGUAACCUGUGGGAAGGGAAUGAGAACCCGGCAAAGGAUGCUGAAAUCCGCUGCUGAGCUUGGAGACUGCAACGAGGAGCUGGAACAAGCAGAAAAGUGCAUGCUGCCUGAAUGCCCCAUCGACUGUGAACUAACGGAGUGGUCCCAGUGGUCCGAAUGCAACACCUCGUGUGGGAAGGGCCAUAUGAUCAGGACAAGGAUGAUUAAAAUAGAGCCCCAGUUUGGAGGAACAGCGUGCCCAGAAACCGUCCAGCGUUCAAAAUGUCGAGUGAGGAAAUGCCUGCGAGGCCCGGGGAUGGAAAAGAGGCGCUGGAAAGAGGCCCGGGAGAAAAGGAGAAGCGAACAAGCAAAAAAGAAUAUAGAUAGUGAGCAAUAUCCAGUUUGUAGGCUGAAACCAUGGACUGCUUGGACAGAAUGUUCUACACUCUGUGGAGGUGGAAUUCAGGAACGCUACAUGAUGGUGAAGAAGAGGUCCAAAAGUACUCACUUUACUAGUUGCAAAGACAAAAAGGAGCUAAGAGCAUGUAAUGUUCAUCCUUGUUAACAAAACACAAGGUUCCAAGUGAUGCACUCUGAGCUAAAUGGAAAGUCAACCUUGGUUUGGUUUUUAAAACAACAGCAAAAAUAUAAAGUGUAUAUUAGUUUUCAUUUUUGCAGUGUGGUUUGCUUUUUAGUCUUGCUGGUGCAAGAAAAAUAUUUUAUAGAUGUUUCCUCACAGAUUUAUGCUGAGAGUAAAUCUUUGAUACUCCAGCCAGCCCUUAAUGCAUAAAAAUAGUAAGUCAUCAUGAGUUAUUUAACUAAAAUACAGACGUAUCUGUGGACAUGGAAUAGCCAUAUAGAAAUACUACUUGUAAAGACAUGGGAUGCAUGCAUAUUAACACAAGUGACAUUUUUCAUAUGAGGGAGGAUUUCUCUCUUGAUUUGAUCUGAUUUUAAAAAUCCAAAGCAGUGCCUACAUAAUUACACAACUAUGCCAAGGAGUAAUUUCAGUAAUGCUGGUUCAAUAAUAUUAAAGGUGCAUGUUUAUCUUUUUACACUAUUGGGUUAAGCUGAUAGUUAUAAUAAUAAUAAUAAUAAUCCUAAAUACUUUUCUUCACAUGGAUGCUGUGGUCCAUGCAAAAUGGUCUUUGUUUCAUUAAAACUUAAAAAGAAAAUAAUUUGUAUCAAUAAUGAUGUCUGACCACUACACACUCAAGUCAAAACAGCACACAAAGAAAACACGUGAAUGUCAUAAUAUAUUUAGGUUCCAUACUCCUAUUUUGGAUCUAUCCACUGCCUCUCAGAAUAGAUACAAAACUAAUAGAAAUUGGUCGAGAGAGUUGCAACAGCUGUGUCACAUAAAGUUUUCCACAUGAGAGACACUAAAAAACUAGAUUCAGUUUCACGAGGAUGUUAAUCACAGAUGAAGAGGGAAAUAGGUUUAUAACAUAACAAAAAUGGUAGAGAAAAGGUGAGCCAGGUUCUCAUGUAUCCCUUAUAAAAAACAAAGGGAAGGGAUCCUCUGAAAUGAAACAAUGACAGUCUCUUAAAAAGGUAAUUACAGGUUGACAUGGGAAUACAUUUACAGCACUGGAAUUUAUGUUUGGUUUUUUACUCAGAGUAUAGAAUAAUGUAAAAAUUACUAAAUUUGUGAAGGUUAGCCAUUUGUAGAUAUACUAGCCAGGUUAAAUUCCCUCCCUGACCACUUGAGCGAUCAACAAACCACCUGAGAUUAUAAAGUAGCUCCUCACCUUUCUAAUUGCUAUUUUAUAUCCUCUCCUGCAGAAUUUAGGUCUCAUCCCUAUGUGUAAUCAGCAAGACCCUUGGGCUUCACUUGUUAUUGGAAUACAAUAUUGUCCUGUAGGUUUAACAAGAUAACAUUAAAGAUAAGAGGUUGUUGUCUUUUGGUCCAGGAAAGGCAGCAUACACCUAUGUCUCUACAGAAGUAAUAACAAUGCACUGAAAAUAAAGACUGUUGAUGCUGACUCUUAAAACAAGUUUGAGAGAAAUGAAUGGAGCAAAAUUUAUUUUAUGGUGUCUUUAAAGCAGCCUUAAGUAAUUUACUCACUUCCUUAACACUAGGGCAGAACCCUGAGAACCUGACACCUGGGUUUUAAGUGUUCCCACACUUAAAGUGUGUGCACCACAACCCACUGAGGAUGUUCAGCUUCACUACCAGUACCCUGGGGAUCCUCUCAUUACCCCCCUGUACCUGAACAGGGUGCACCCAGACAGGCUGGUUGCACUAUAUCAUAGGGCUUUUCAUCAUCAUUUCUCCACUGAACGCUGCAAGGGCUGCUCAGUACUUCCACAGCUGCUGCAUCCCACCCCCUCAAGGUAUUGUACUGCUUUUUGCAUAUUUGGAAUGAAGGAAGGGCCAGGAAAAUAACAGAACCAACCACAGUAAUAAGCCUCUCCUGCUGCUGCUAAAUAAAUGGGUGCAAGCCCACAGUCAACCAAACGAGGAGAAAAAAGGAUACAACAAGGUUUAAUGCUAAAACCAAACAUUUUACAUUUUGCACAGCUUGGCUCACUUAAUAUUAAUUCAGAAGAUAGUUUGCCUUCUUGGGCCUCUUCAAAAAUUCUGUAGUUUAUGUCUCUCUAGCACUGCCAUUACAAGCAUAGCAGCAAGUCGGUCCCUCUCUAACGCUUUAUGACCUUACCUUGGACAUCACCCUUUUGUGACCAAAACAAAAACCCAACAAAAAAACAGUGGAAUGAUAUAGAAGCUGGAGGAGUGACCAGCUGAGCAUAUUUUGGGUGAAGAAAGAGAUAGCUGCAAGAGAAGGGCUACAGUGACCAAUGCCAGGGCAGCAGAGCUACAUCUGACUGAGCUGACGGAGGCUGUCCCUGCUGAGAAUAUUCAUUCAGAAAAGUAAUCUUUGACCAUAAAAUGUGUGGUUUUGGUGGCUUGGAUCUGUGAGAGCCUGGGACAGGGGGAGCAGAAGAAGAAAGUUUCUCCUGAAUGGAAAAAAAGUGUUAUGAGUUCACGAACCAUAUUUUAUCCCAUCAACCCUUAUCACUGGUAAAGCUGUUCUUACAAAACCAUGCCUGUUUCAGCAAAUAAUCAAUUAAAACCAAUGUUGUAUUUUCAUUUUCACAUUUGUUCCAGUUCAUCAAGCUGUUUUGUCCAUUAAAUACUCCCUUUGACAAAGGCUACAUAGUCCAAAUACAUCUUUAGGUAUAUAGGAAAUAUACAAUAUCUUUCUGAAUGUUCUCACAAAACAGUCCAUUAAAACAAUCUAGCAUUCCUUUUUCUGUAGUUCUCACUAAUUUGAUCCUCCAUAUACUUUUUUUUUUUCCCUCUUAGAAGGCUGUUCUUAGAAGUGUGAUUUCCAGUCAUUUCUCUUAGGCUCAUUAAAGUUAUGAAAAUUGGAAAUUAUUUUUUCCCCCGCCUUGUUAAUAGAUGAAAUGACAAGGUAAAUUGCACCAGGUCAAAAAUGUGUGAUCAUUCCUGCUUAGAUUCAGUUUUUCACACUGUUUUUCUGUUGAAACAUUUUACAAAUCACUUGUCUUUCUUCUAACUUGAUACAAGAGAAAUAUUUAAGCUUGUUACAUUUUGUAAAAAAAGAAACACAAACAAAAACAAAUGAAGAAAAAAUAAGAGGUUGAUUUUCUAUUCAGAAAAAAAAAAGCUCUGAUAUACAAUAUGUAGAAGUCUUGCAUUGUUACUGUAAACUUUCUAGUAGUGUAACAGCCACUGAUUAUCAGUCAAUAAAAAUAAGAACUGUUAUUGUUCUGAUGUCCUGAAUAAUCCUGCUGAACUGAAAGCACAGAUGUCACUCCAGUUUUGUAGACCUUGACUAUCAGAUCUUAGCAUUGUGCGUAUGUUUUUUUUCUAAUAUACAAACUGUAGAAGCUUUACACAUAACAAAAAAGAAAAGUUAGGGGCUUUACAAAUGUACAGUAGGACUCUGUGUGUGUGGCCUACCAAGUUAAACAAACUUUUGUUUAAUUGCAUUUUUAGAUUUCCUUCGUUGUUUUUGUUUGCUGUGGAAUUAUGAAAAAGCUCCCAUGAACAUUUCUUACCAAAGUCUUGUGUAGAUGUUUUGUAGCUGUCUGGCUAACAUAUUAUUAUUAUUAUUAUUAUUAUUAUUAUUAUUAUAUUAUUAUUAUUAUUUUGGAAUAAAGACAUCUUUACUAUGAA